GCGUGGCCAAUCAACGGUGCGGCCAUGGCGGCGGAAGCAGGGUGCGGGGUCGACUUAGGCCUAGAAGAGGCGGGCACCGAUUGAGCAGAGGCCGUGGCGUUUGUGCUUGCGGCCGCUCUGGCGGCGUCGCGGAGACGGCGGGCAUGGUGGGGCGGCAGAAAGAGCUCUCCAUCCACUUUGUUCCCGGAAGCUGCCGGCUAGUGGAGGAGGAAGUUAAUAUCCCCAAUAGGCGGGUUCUGGUUACUGGUGCCACUGGGCUUCUUGGCAGAGCUGUAUUCAAAGAAUUUCAGCAGAAUAAUUGGCAUGCUGUUGGCUGUGGUUUCAGAAGAGCAAGACCAAAAUUUGAACAGGUUAAUCUUUUGGAUUCUAAUGCAGUUCAUCACAUCAUUCAUGAUUUUCAGCCCCAUGUCAUAGUACAUUGUGCAGCAGAGAGAAGACCAGAUGUUGUAGAAAAUCAGCCAGAUGCUGCUUCUCAACUUAAUGUGGAUGCUUCUGGGAAUUUAGCAAAAGAAGCAGCUGCAAUUGGAGCAUUUCUUAUCUAUAUUAGCUCAGAUUAUGUAUUUGAUGGAACAGAUCCACCUUAUGGAGAGGAAGACAUACCAAGUCCCCUAAACUUAUAUGGCAAAACAAAAUUAGAAGGAGAAAAGGCUGUCUUGGAGAACAACUCAGGAGCUGCUGUUCUGAGGAUUCCUAUUCUGUAUGGGGAAGUUGAGAAGCUUGAAGAAAGUGCUGUGACUGUUAUGUUUGAUAAAGUGCAGUUUAGCAACAAGUCAGCGAACAUGGACCACUGGCAGCAGAGGUUCCCCACCCACGUUAAAGAUGUGGCUACUGUGUGUCGGCAGCUAGCAGAGAAGAGGAUGCUGGAUCCAUCAAUUAAGGGGACCUUUCACUGGUCUGGCAAUGAACAGAUGACUAAGUAUGAAAUGGCAUGUGCAAUUGCAGAUGCCUUCAAUCUCCCCAGCAGUCACUUAAGACCUAUUACUGACAGCCCUGUCCUAGGAGCACAGCGUCCAAGAAAUGCUCAGCUUGACUGCUCCAAAUUAGAGACCUUGGGCAUCGGCCAGCGAACACCAUUCCGAAUUGGAAUCAAAGAAUCACUUUGGCCUUUUCUCAUUGACAAGAGAUGGAGACAAACGGUCUUUCAUUAGUUUAUUUGUUGUGUGCGGGGUGUUUUUUUUUAAUGAAAAGUAUAGUAUGUGGCACUUUUUAAAGAAAAAAGGAAAUAGUUUUGUAUGAGUACUCUUUAAUUGUGAUUUAUGAUCUUUCAGGUAAAUGAUACUCUUGCACUAGUGAAACUGUCUAAAGAAAUGAAAGGGCAAUGAUGCCUUGUUUGCGGUAAUGGUUUUUCUGUUUAUCAUUUUGUUUGUUCUGGCUAAACUUGCAUUUUGAGUAUAGUAAAUUAUGAUUCUUAACUAUUUGAAAGCCAGGAUAAAACACAUCUGCUGUAGACUUUUUUUUUUUUUUUGGAUGAGAUGCAUUGUUCAUUCCCAUAACCUCCAUAUUUUCAGGGUUUUUGAAACUAUUGACCUUUUUAUGUUGAUUGUUUUAAAGUAUGUGAAAUAAUAUGAAAAUCACUGUUCAUUAUUUGCUUUGCUUGAGCUCAGAUCAAAAUGUUUGAAGAGAGAAACUUUAUUUUUGCAACUUAACAUACGGUUUUUAUGCUUGAGAUAUUUCAACAUGUUAUGUAUAUUAGAACUUCUAUAGCUUGAUGUAUAUUAGAACUUCUAUAGCUUGAUGCCUCCUGAUUUUGUAGCAGUGUAUGGUGAGCACUUGAGAGAGGGUGUGUGUGUACGUGUAUUUUUUAAAUAUAUAACUGUCCUUUUCACUGUGUCGCUAUGUGAUAUUUCAUAUAUGUGGUUAUACUCAUAAUUAUGGGCCUUGUAGUCUUUUGACCAUUCAUGAAUAAUAAUAAAUAUAUACUGCUGGCAUGUAA